AUGCAUCAAACCUCCGCCUCCAGCUAAACCUCAGCCUCCAGCUAAAACUCCACCUCCAGCUAAACCUCCACCUCCAGCUAAACCUCCACCUCCAGCUAAACCUCCACCUCCAGCUAAACCUCCACCUCCAGCUAAACCUCCGCCUCCAGCUAAACCUCCACCUCCAGCUAAACCUCCACCUCCAGCUAAACCUCCACCUCCAGCUAAACCUCCACCUCCAGCUAAACCUCAACCUCCAGCUAAACCUCCACCUCCAGCUAAAACUCCACCUCCAGCUAAACCUCCACCUCCAGCUAAACCUCCAUCUCCAGCUAAACCUCCACCUCCAGCUAAACCUCCGCCUCCAGCUAAAACUCCACCUCCAGCUAAACCUCCGCCUCCAGCUAAAACUCCACAUCCAGCUAACCGCUAA